AAAGCAAGUCCUUCCACCACAAUGAGCUCUGAACACGAAGAAGUUGAUGUUGCAAAAACUGUUGUCAAUGGGCUGAGCAGCAAUGGACAAGAAAAAGAAAAAGAUCCCACUAAAGUCUGCAGUGGAAAAGGAGCUGUGACCCUCCGGGCAUCUCCAGCCUAUGAAGAGAAUCAGACUACCGCUUCGCCAUGUCCUCAGGAUGUUGAGCGACCUGAAAACGAUUGGAAGUCAUCGUCUAACACUGAUGCCAAUGGGGAUGCCCAACCAUCUUCUCUGGUUGCCAAGGGUUAUAGGAGUGUGCGUCUGAACCUUUCCUCAGACAGCAAGCCACAGGAUGCCACUGCCACCACCACAGCUCAGCCUGGGGUUAUAGUAGUCCCCCUCCUCCAGGUUAAUCCAGACAGACAGCACGAAGGCAGCUCCAGCACUCCACCACCGCCUCUGGUUCCUUUCGGGCAAGGCUCCGUAUUCCCUGAGACUGUUUCUCCUGGCUCACCCUUGACUUUUCCGACUCUAGAUGAUUUCAUUCCCCCACAUCUCCAGAGGGGUUCCCACCAUAAUCAAGCACCCUCUGCAUCUGGCACAUUACCCUCUGUUUACCCGAAACUGCCAUUCUUCUCAUCACCACCUUCACUUGUCCCUCCAGUCACAGGGGCUUUGCACAGGGGCUUGAAGCCUGAGAUCACUGGAGUCAUCUCACAUACAGACCCAGGUCCUGUGCUCAAUGAAGUGCCCCAGCCUGGUGCUGGCAGUGACUAUCCAACCUCCUUCACUUCAAUCAGCAAGUCUUCCUCUGCCUAUCCCUCUACCACAAUCGUCAAUCCCACUAUUGUCCUCUUGCAGCACAAUCGAGAACAGCAAAAAAGGCUUAGUAGCCUGGCAGAUUCAGUGCCAGACAGACUAGUUUCUGAUAAAGUUGAUUCAGCACUCGUGCGGGACAAGCUGCUUCAGGAGGCAGUGCCAAGUGAGAAGAGGGCAAUGGAGGAGAAGAGAAGCAUUGUCAAGAGCCCUCAGCGCAUGGCUGAUACCUCUGUCGAUGACAUUGGCAUUCCACUGAGGAAUACAGACAGAUCAAAGGACUGGUACAAGACAAUGUUCAAACAGAUCCACAAACUAAACAGAGAUGAGGAUUCUGACUCCUACUCUCCUCGUUACUCCUAUUCUGAGGACAGUAAAACCCAGCUUUCAGUUCCCCGCUCCAAGAGUGAGGCAGACAGUAUAGAUUCGGAGAAGGUUGUUAAAAGGUCUGCCACUUUGCCACUGCCAAACCGUACUUCAUCACUGAAAACAAGCCCCGAAAGGACUGACUGGGAACCUCCAGACAAGAAGGUGGACACCAGAAAAUACCGUGCAGAGCCCAGGAGCAUUUAUGAUUAUCAACCGGGAAAGUCCUCAGUUCUGAACAACGAAAAGAUGGUAAUCUCAGUCUCGCCUUUGAUAGACUGACACUCAGAAAUUCCCUGUCACAUCUACUCACCCAACUACCAUGCAGUGAAGAGGGAGUCAGAACAAGCACUGGGGGACCCUGCUGGCUUGGAGAAUGAAAGGCAGAUUUACAAGAGUGUGCUGGAAGGUGGAGACAUCCCAUUUCAGGGCCUGAGUGGCCUCAAGCGACCUUCUAGCUCUGCUUCCACAAAAGAUUCAGAAUCACCAAGGCAUUUUGCACCAGUUGAUUACAUGGAAACUCCAGAAGAAAUUAUCCGCAGACGGCAUGAUGAUAAAGAGAUGAGACCUGCUAGAGCGAAGUUUGACUUUAAAGCACAGACGCUAAAGGAACUUCCUCUGCAGAAAGGAGAUAUUGUUUACAUUUACAAGCAAAUUGACCAGAACUGGUAUGAAGGUGAACACCAUGGCAGAGUUGGUAUCUUCCCACGAUCGUACAUAGAGCUCCUCCCACCAGCUGAGAAAGCUCAGCCCAAAAAGCCAUCCCCAUUGCAAGUGUUGGAAUAUGGAGAUGCUGUUGCUAAGUUCAACUUCAAUGGGGAUACCCAAGUGGAAAUGUCCUUCAGAAAGGGUGAAAGGAUCACGUUGAUUCGACGAGUGGAUGAGAAUUGGUAUGAAGGAAAAAUCUCUGGCACCAAUCGCCAAGGCAUCUUCCCUGUCACUUACGUGGAGGUGCUCAAGCGGCCAGUGGUCAAGAAUGCCAUUGACUAUCCUGACCCGCCAAUGUCCCUCUCCCCUAACCGCAGCAUGACGGCUUCACCACAGCAACCUCAAGCACAGCAGCAAGGAGCCAGCCCUGACAGAAGUCAAACACCACGAGACAUAGUUAGUUACCAAGCCCUCUACAGCUACACUCCUCAGAACGAUGAUGAGCUGGAACUGAGGGACGGUGACAUUGUCGAUGUCAUGGAGAAAUGUGAUGACGGCUGGUUUGUGGGUACGUCCCGGAGAACACGGCAAUUCGGCACCUUCCCAGGCAACUACGUGAAGCUUCUGUACCUGUAA